AUGAUAAAUAUUUUAUGCAAAACAAUUUUAUUGUUAGUUAUAAAUCAGAUACUAUUUGUAUCAGUAUUUGGAUCACAUAAUAAUAAUAACACAUUUGUAACAAAAUAUGAAGCUAACUGGGCAUCGCUAGAUACCCGUCCAUUACCCGUAUGGUAUGAUAGGGCAAAAAUCGGUAUAUUCAUACAUUGGGGUGUCUAUUGUGUCCCAUCAUAUAUGGAUGCUUGGUUUUGGUUUCACUGGCGUACGGAUGACCUAAAACAACGGGUCAAAGCUGUCGAGGAUUUUAUGUCAGCCAACUAUCCGCCGAACUGGACGUAYCAGGACUUUGCCAAAGAUUUUACCGCCGAGUUCUUUGAUGCCAAUCAUUGGGCCGAUGUUUUCAAAGCUUCCGGUGCCAAAUAUGUGGUCCUAACUACCAAACACCACGAGGGCUAUACUCUAUGGCCGUCAAACUACUCGUUCAGUUGGAAUGCCAGAGAUGUCGGACCCAAUCGGGAUUUAGUCGGAGAGUUAUCCAAAUCGGUAAAAACGGCUGGCCUUAAGUUCGGUACCUAUCACUCGCUUAUUGAAUGGUUUCAUCCGCUCUACAAACAGGACGUCCAGUCGGGAUAUAAGACACAGCGUUUUGUUGAUGCAAAAGUGUUGACCGAAAGACACGAAUUGGUCGACACAUAUCUACCGGACCUGAUUUGGUCAGACAAUGCCGAAAACGGUGACUCAAAGUACUGGAAAAGUGAGGAAUUUCUUGCUUGGCUUUACAAUGAAAGUCCAAUUAAAGAUACUGUUGUUGUUAAUGAUAGAUGGGGAGUUGAAACCGAUGGCAAACACGGCGGCUAUUAUAACUAUGCCGACAAUUAUAAUCCCAAACGUAUAUUAGCACAUAAAUGGGAACGGGCUAUGGAUAUUGGAAAGGGAUCCUGGGGUUAUCGGCGUAAUGUUCAACUAAACGACUAUAUGACUGAUCUGGAAAUUAUAACUGCAAUCGCCGAGACUGUUAGUUGUGGUGGAAAUAUAUUGUUGAGUAUUGGGCCCACCAAAGAGGGCACUAUAACCCCUAUCUAUGAGGAACGGCUACGAAAAAUGGGUGAUUGGCUUCAGGUUAACGGAGAAGCUAUCUAUGAUAGUCAUCCGUGGACUCAACCAAACGAUACGACAACAACUGGCGUUUGGUAUACACAAAAAGGAAAGGCUGUUUACGCCAUAGUAUUGUUUUGGCCUAAAGAUAAUACAUUGGUGUUAGGGUCUGUCCAAUACAACACUGUCGAUACAAUACAAAUGUUAGGAGUGGCCGGUAAUCUAAACUAUAAGGCCGGUACUGGCGGUCAUAGUUUAAUAACUUUUCCGUACAUUAAUCCGAGAUUACUAACUACAGCAUAUGUUUUGAAAAUAAAUAUCAAAUAA